CCGGUAUUUACGUAACUCCUAGCUGGAAUGGACUCUGCGUGGUAUCAAAAGAUCAUCCCGUUUAUGAAUAUUAAAAUAUCAAACAAGCGCGCGUAGCUCUACAUGUAAACAUGUCGUAUCUGCCCAUCGCCCUUUGAGCGCUCCUAACGAUCGUCUCCGACGCAUUUACGUAGAUCGCAUCGCCCAGCUGACUGGUGAUUGAAGACGCGGACAACGCGGAUACCCAAUCUGUCCACUUUCGUAGAGGCGGACUGAUCGGAGUCUCCGGCGUGUACCCAUGGCCACCGAGGCCGUGACUGUGGCCGAAGAGGCUCGACCAAACGUGGACCUCGAGCUAGAACAGCGUGUCAAAGGCACGUGCGGCCGCAUUUCGGAGAACGUGCAUAUAUUCGCGAACGAGCCGUCGCUGGCCUGCUACCGGCUGCAGGAGCACGUCCGCAAAUCGCUGCAGCCGACCGUCGAGAGGCGUCUGCAGAUGGCCGAGCUGCGGCAAGAGCUACGCGGCAAGUGUUACGACCUGGAUUACGCCAUCGCGGCGCUUCGCGGCUUCCAGCAGAGCCGGCAACACCUGGCCAAUGUGCAGGACCUGAUGCGCAACGCCGUCUUCAUGAAGCAGCAACUGGCGCAUCGCGAAGCUCGCGCUGCUGCCACCAGCAGUGCUGCUCAAUCGACUGGCCGUCGCCAGCAGCUGCUGCAUCAACAGCGGCUGUCGCUGGAUCUACCCCAAACGGCUGCCCGUCUGAGCAGCUCGCCCUCACUGGGCGCGGCCGACAUGCGCCUUGGGUCGCAGCGGUCAGCGUCUCCAAGGCGCCCGAGCGAUCAGCGUUAAAUCAAUUGAUCGAUUAUAUCAAAUAGAACCACCUUGUCCUAUAUGAGACAGCUGUGGACGCACCAGUCAAUUUCAGCCAUUAAAAAAAGCAGCAGUUUCAGCACCAAUCUCUCGACGUCGAAUUACGCCAUAUUGAACGAAUCGCCAAUCAGAGGCCGCAGCGGCCACCUGUGCCAACAAUCAGGCCAAUCAAGACGGCCCCCCUGAUAUGACGCAGACGGAAGGAGUUGCGUUGGUGGCGACAUCUAAUGAUGCAAGUUUAAACUAGAAUGUUUUAAGGCUUCUUUUUUCUUAGUAUGUACGUCUGCGUCCAUAGAAGAGCAAAAACAAAAUAACUUUAUGAUUUUUGCUAGCACAAUGAUUUGUGCGUUCAUUGGUUGAAUGUAGCACCACGAUAUGUUGCAACCAGCCACUUCUAUUUCAUUGCCGAUAAUAUUUACACUAAAGUGCAUGUUUACAGCGUGCUGAAACACCCAAGUUGAUGCGGUUUUAGUGAUGCUGGCGUCAUACGGCUGUACUUGUGCAAAGCAGGCUGGAUGGUGACCUGCAGUUGCGCGCUGCAUCAAGCUGUUUGAACGAUUGAUUGUCAUCACUGCAACAGUCUGUGGCGUGUGACUUGGACUAACGUCACGCUCACAUGUUGAUGGUGCAAAGACGUCUAAAUGUGGACAGUCUAGAGAGUUUUGUGCAAUUCAAGAACUGACACAAAGUGUGAAACAAGACAUGAAUUCAAGGCAGGGGUUCUUUUGACUUUCUUGGUGUCUUCAGGGCUCCUUUUGGUCACUGUUCUGGUAGGCUUUAGUUGCCAAGCAUCAACUAAAGCCUACCAGAAUCAUAUUUAGACUGUAGAAUGUAUAAGAAUCUAAAAUGAAACUUCUAGAGGCAUCUGAAUCCUCAUGCUGUAAAUGUUACAGCCCCUUCCCGCCAAUUCUGGCUAGUUUCUAUUGCCUGAAAGCUAUGCGCCUUCCUUCUAACACAGAAAAUUAUGGACUAAGUUUUCAAACAGGUAUUUUUAGUGACGAGUCCGAAAUACAAAAUCCCCACCCCCC